AUUCAAACAAGCGUAUCUCGACUCAACAACACUCGCCGUUUACUCUUCAAUACUCAAAACCAUUUCAGCCCCUUGUCGAAGAACGUUGUCUAUAUGCCUCGAGGCCCAUAGAUUCGGGUGAUCUUUUCUUGCACCCCACCUCUUCCCUGUACCACCUGCCGCCACCGAUGAAUUCCUGAAGCGCAACCAUGAAACCCUCUGAUCAAGGGAGCCCGCUCCUCCGUCGCAAGUCUUCGACUCCCCAUUACCAGACGUUCGGCGGCAUCUCACCGCCCAAGACUAGAGGACGACCUCUUUCCGACUCAUCCAACUCCUCCAGCCAUGACCUUCAUUCACAUUCCGAGAAUGAGAACCGCCACGGCUCCUCACCACUACCCAAGAAACAAAUGGCCGUCUUGGCUGUGAUAGCACUAUGCGAACAGACGGCCCUCAACUCUAUAAGCCCCUACCUGCCUGAUAUGGCCUCGAGUUUCCCCGAAGUCAAAGCCGGCCAGGUCGGAGUCUACGUCGGCUUAAUAGCCUCUGCCUUCGCCCUAGCCCAGCUUGCGACAAACUUCUUUUGGGGUUGGUUGUCGGACCGUAUUGGGCGGAAGCCCGUGAUUUUACUGGGGACACUAUUCACAGCGGCAUGCUUUGUCGCAUUCGGAUUCUGUAGGACCUUGUGGCAAGCUAUACUGGUGCAGGCAUUGAUGGGUCUACUGAAUGGAAACCAAGGUGUCGUGUCCACCUGUUUGGGGGAGAUCACAGACCGCAGCAAUCAGUCCCAAGCGUUCACAUAUCUCCCAGUCAUAUACGGGCUUGGAGGAAUUACAGGUCCAGUCAUUGGUGGAAUCUUGGUCUCUCAGAGAAAUCCCUUCGACAAGUCGAAGCCGAAUCCGUACCCUUAUCUCCUGCCAAAUCUCCUCUCUGCUAGCAUACUCUGCGCCGAUUUGGUCGUCACAGCAAUCUUCCUCGAAGAGUCUCACGAAGAAGCACAAUAUCUAGCUCCGAUCGGCACUCGGGUCAAGCACCUCUUCACAUGGAUCUGGGAGUUCACAUCAUCAAGCCGGCCACACUAUCUGCGACGCAGAGGCAAGUCGCACAACCAACGUCCUCAGACUAACGGCAUGGCCGAGGUCUCAGACGACGAUGAUGCGAGUGAUGAUGGCCUCGAGAACACUGCAUUCCUCCCUGCAACGGAGGAAUUGCAGAGCAAGGACGUGCUCAACCGUGAUACUGUCUUACUUCUCCUGACAUAUCUCAUCUUCCAGCUCUCAAACAUCUCCUUCAAUUCACUCUAUCCUAUCUUCGCACAAGCCAAACCUCCCACCGGCCGAAAUUUGCACCCUAACGAGAUAGGCCUCUCGCUCGCCUUUGCAGGGCUUGUGACAAUUGUAUUCCAGGUCGGCGUCUUCGGCAAGCUCCGUGACAAAAUGGGCAAUCGAUGGGCGUAUAGAACAGGGCUUGCCGGUUUUGUCAUCGCCUACCUGCUCAUGCCAUGGGUGGGAUAUAAACGAGGAGAUGAUGGCGACGGCACCAUAUCCAGUGGCGCCGCAUGGUUGUGGUUUGAAAUCUGCCUGGUGCUUCUCAUCAAGACGGUUGCAGCGGUCGGAGGUCUGACGAGUGCUCUGCUAUUGAUCACCAACUCGGCCCCAAACCACAAUGUCCUAGGCACACUGAAUGGUCUUGCGCAGACACUCUCCGCUGCCGGUCGAGCUGUUGGACCGUUCGUAUCUGGCGGUUUAUUCUCGCUUGCCACCAAGGUUCGCCCAAAAGGUGAAGCUCUUGCAUUCGGCCUAUUCGGUGGCAUCGCAUUCAUCGGGUUCCUACUUAGUUUUGGCAUUCGAUCGCCCAACCUGGAGGCUGAGGGGUGGGAGACGGGAAGUGAGGGCGAUGAUAGUACGAGUGACAAGUCGGAAGACGAGGAGAGCUGAUCUCACCAUGGGAGCUUUCAGAGAAGAUCCGUGUUGGAUAUACCUCUAUUCAUAGAGAACAAGCGACGGCGUUACGAGGUACGAAAAGAAUGGUAUGAUACACUGGUAGGCAGCGACAGCGCACUACAGGACUUGGGCGAUAUAAUUUUGUCCAGACGGAAGUCCACAUUGGCACUAAAAAUGCCAUCAAUGUU